UUGCCAAACAAGAGUACGGCAAAGAGUUGAAGUGGACCUCAGGUUCGGUGCAGUUUGAGUUGGCGCGCGCGCGUUUCUGAUAAACAAAAGUGCGAGCUUAGUAAAUGGUGCUCAUUUAUUACGAAAUUAACAUUCAUACAAAUGUCUCAUUGUUAACCAAAUUAACAUAACAUUUUAAUAUUCAAGAUGUAAAUGGUUGUUCGGUAGCAGGCUGUUUGUUAGUGAGAAAAUUGGAAAAUUAAUUAUCGACAUCCUGAAGAUAGGGGAUAAAAAAAUCCUACCAACGAGUUUUAUCCUGAAGAAUCCUUUGAGAUAAGACCUCACUCCAAACUGCGCUCUAGAACUUGUGUGUGUUCGUGCGUGCGCGCGUGCGUGCGUGGGAAAAAGUUGGCAUUGGCGACGUCCCGGGCCAGGCAGGGAGGGCGACGGCGCGAGGUAAAACAAGACAAUGAAAGACCGCAAGUGCGAGUCGCUCUUCUCCUUCCGUCGGAGCAACAACCGUUACUCCCUCCACCUGGAGAAGACCAACAAGAAGGAGGAGGAAGUGCAGCUGAAGAGGGCGUCGUGGUCCUCCUUCCCCCUGCUCAAGUUCUCCUCCUACGACGACAAGGGCGCGAGGGAGGAGCUCGCCACCAAGAGCCAGAGUAGCGAGGACGUCAAGCACCCGCACGUGAACACCCCCAAAGUCGGCUGCAACUUCCUGCGCGGGUCGACUGCCAGCAUACGAAGCGCCUUCUCUAGUUCGUCGUCGUCGUCGUCUUCUUCGUCAUCGUCUUCGUCGUCGUCUAGCCCUCGGAUACAGAGCUCGGGGUCGAGUGGCAAGAGCUCGAUCACGAGCAUCUUGGAAGGGUCGAUUUCCGACAGCCACUACGAUUCAAGCAGCACCGUCGAGGAGAACCCGCCUUAUCUGCCGGGCCCCCGCUACCACCACCGCGCGACGACGGACGCCCACCUGUCGCGGAGCGCCAGCGAGGUGAUCUCGCCUUAUACGCCGAAUUACUACCUGUCCGACGACAGGGGGACGUCUUCCGUUCCGUCCCUCUACAGACAAGAAGAGACGAUGAGUCCCACGUCGCCGAAAAUCGUCUACGCCCACAAAAAGACACCGGACCUCAGGAGGAAGUCGAGGAAACAGCUACUACAGGAAUACGAGCUGAUGAGAGAGAAUGGCUCUUUACCUAACAACCUCGAGUUAAUCCAUGGCGAAAAGGAGGAGGAGGAAGAGAAGGAGAACGUCAUCCCCCGGACGCGAUCGGCCAGGUCCCUGGGCAAGGCCAAGGGUAACUUCAAGUUCAUGCCCAGCUACAAGUUUCUGAGCAAAGUCGACAGCAAGUACAAGAAAGCGCAGGCGAGCGACAAGGCCCGAGAGAAGAGACGCGACAGAGAGGAUGUCCCAGUGAUAAGUAGUACACCGGAGGUUCGGCCAACAGCCUCGCUUGAUAACGCUAAUGUCAGCCUGUCGGGGACUGUCACGUCCGCGGGAGAUAAUCUGCUCGCGGAGGACCAACGGCACUCUCCUUCGGUAGCCUGCUCCUCCACCAUCUCCUCCUCCUCCUCGUCAUUCACAUCAUCGUCCUCCUCCUCGUCUUCGCCCGUAUCUCCGCAGUACGGCGCGCUGCCCUAUUCGGUGACGUCCUUCCUCAACACCCAGUUCUCCCAGCUGGUCUCCGAGGAGCCGCCGCCCCCGCCCACCUUUGGGGUCAUCAACGACAUCAUCGAGGAGGAGGAAGACAGCGAGUGCGACCUGAGCGAAUUUAUGGUGUGCGCCGAGGAGAGCAGCUGCUUCGAAAGGAGUCUCGAGGACAAGCUCGAAAUGCUGGGCGACAAGGAGGUGGUGGUGGACGAACACGACAGGGAGAUCCUCGACGACAGCCACGGCAGCGACUUCGGCCAGAGUCCGCAGAAGAGGCAAGACCUCAAAUUGAAUCUGGUCAAGCCUCAACACGCCGCCAUCAACAAGGUAUAUAAGACACGCCUUCUGAGACACAUUUCCGAGGAACCAGACAGUGGAGGCGGAGCCAGUGGCAGCGAAGAAGACAUAGAAUUAAGGUCUCCUUGUCGUUCCAGUACUCCAGGGACACCACGAAGCCCGGCUAUUGAUAUCGAUGGCGUAUUUAAACAGAAGCAAAAAGAAAUUGAAGACGGCAACACAGAUGACAUGUCCCGGGUCAAAGAUUUAGCUAUGAGACUGAAACUGGCGACACGUCGGCCAUCGUACUUGGAAUGGCUCGGAACAAUCAGGCAGAAGAGCCAGGAGAUGACCAGCGUCUUGGAAUCCCACCCACCCCUUGUUCUCGAGGAAGGAAAACCAGAGGAAGAACCUACCGACGAAGUGAGGAAGAAGAAUCUUCAGAGUGCCCUCUGCUGGCUGAGACAAGAACUUAUCGACAUGCGCCAACAGGACCAACAGUUAGCACGACAACUGAUGCAGUUAAGGAUCGAGCUCCAGAGAGUACGCUUGCUCAGAUCUUGCAACAACCACCAAGCCUUGGUUGACGAGGUUGCCAACGAAGCAGAGGAGGCCAGGACCUUCGAAUCAAAUGACCUCUGCGAAGUCCCGCCGGACCUUAGGGAGGCCUUUUCACCAAUACUUCGAGAGAUUGGAGUAACUCGUAUGAAUAUCACUAGUCGUCGUUUCUCUUUGAGAUGAGGGAAAGAACUUCUGCAGCCUUCCCACCCCGAAUGAAGUUACACAUCGUGCUACGAUUGAACCCACAGAAACAGAAUCGUUGGAAAUAUUUGUUACAGUGAGCCAAACCAAUAGGCAAGCUGCAUUUUGGUUUUGAUCGUACAAAUCAUUUCUUCAGAAUCUUUUGAGACAAAGUGACUGUAUAUUUUCUACCUACGAUAUUCUUCCUCUUAGCAGGUUCAACUUCCUAGACUACUUUCUCCUUCACACAAAUGUAUGUUACCUUAUGUUUCAAAGUUGAAUAGAAUUAUUUUUAUAUGAGCCAUAGAAUAGCUUUAAAAGUGCUUGUAAUUCCUAGAGUUGAACCUCGUCAAGGUUUUGUUAGUCAGGGGGAAUUCUGGUGUAUAAAUGAAAGCUCCUGUUUGUAAAUAAUAUCUGGGGAGGAAAUGAGAGUACGAAGGUGCUGCUUUCAUCUGGAUUUCGUGGAAAACGAUGCUCCAGCCAUACCACACAACACUAAAUAGACUAUCCCAAACUAAUUUAGCCCCUUCCACACGACGGGCAAAGACACGACGGCCACUCGGAUUUGCCCGUAAUCAUCUCGCUUUUUCAACAGUGUUACCAGAUCAAACAAUCCAAGGCAGACAGUAAUCACAGGCGGGCGAACCUAUGAUCUGGACCACACUCGUGAUCGUAAUCCACUCGCAAAAUUGGUAACAGUGUCUGCCCGUCAUGGAUUUGCCCCUCGUGUGGACUGGAAGGGGCCUAAAACUUCAAAAGAGACCUCGAGAUUAAGGCGUAUUUCCACACAAAAGACAAAUAAGGUAACUGAUGAAAAACACGAACAUCCUCUGAGAUCAAAGUUACUACAACCACAUUCCAUUCAAUGAAUUGCCAUAGCAACACAAAACGUAAUACCUAAAGUGCAAGCAAAUGAUACUGUGACUGUACAAGUUGAUCUGUACAAGAUAAGACGAAAUUCUACACAACUUCGAAUCAGCAUCUUAUUCUUGUAAAACAGAGAUUACAAAAACUGCAGUUAAUGUAACCAAAAGUAUAACCCUGCAAAAUUAAGCAUCCCCGUCCAACCCCAUUCUAGAAAAUGACAGAUAUCGGUACAGGUCCAAUCUCUUGAACUCACACUGUCACGAAGACUUCGUUCAGACCUACAUUAAUGGGAAAAAAAAUACCUGAAAUUGGACAAUGUUCCAUUGUGAAACAUCAAUAUCUAGAUGCCGAUGCUCUACGAAAUAAGCAACAUGUGCUAAUUCUAAGAAUACAGAGUCCUCUUAUACAUAUAAUGAAUACCUAUCAAAUUUAUUGAAACUGGCUGAGCAUGGCAUCUCUCAAUGAUGGUCUAACGUGUGAUUACUAUUGCUGAAGAAGUAGAAAGGCAUUUUAUAUUACUGAUUUUGAAUACAUAGUUUAUUUUGUGAAAAGGGGAUUCUGUUAUCAACUUCACAAAAAAGGUGUAUUCGGAAGUUCAAAAUUGAAGGACUUUUGUACAGGAAAUUUUGGGGAUUAGCCCAAAUUUUUUUAAACAGCUUAAGAAAUCUGUCUUGUAUAGUAUUCCGACAAUAGUAGCGUGCUUGCAGCAUUCACAAAAAACAAGGAGAAAAAAAGUAAAAAAUAUUUUCAAUCUAAAGUAACAACAGGAAAAAGAAUAAAGAGAAAGUAGGCGUUGCUACUUUCCGAAGAAUAGGCAAAAGUUAUACAGAAAUAUUUGGGUAAAAUUGAGGUACUCAGACUGCUAGUCAUAUCUGUUCUUGUUGAAUCUACUCACUCACGACUGAAUAGUGUCAAAAGUAUUUUCUUUUCCUGUUAUAAUCUUCAUGGUUUGCGAGACCUGAAAUAUAGUGUGUAUGAAUCUUGUUGAAUAAGCGCAAGGUUAUUGUGUAUAGAAUCUUGUUUCUUUCUGUAAUCACUACUUAGUCAUGUAGUAAACAUGUAAAUAAAGACAUUACUUAUA